CUCAGACCUUGAACCCACAAUCGUGAAGCUAAAAAGUUACGUUAAAACCACAAAUUUAAGAAAUACUUUAAAAAUUUUCAAUAACUUAAUUGAGAUCGUCUCAUUAGAUUAUUUAAAAACCAAGUGCCUCUCGAGUUUCGUGUCAUUGAUUACCAAAAGAUGGGGUCCACAGUUGGAGGGUUAGGCACAGCGGGUUUACCGGCGGAUAAAGCCCUUGCUGGUGUUCCAAGACUCCUUGAUGACCUUCAAAGACUUUUUGAGGACACCGAUUCAGCUGAUGUCAUUUUCAUUUUAGGUAGAGAGGAGGAACGUGUCUUUGCACACCGUGUUAUUUUAAUUGCAAGAUGUAAAAGCUUCCAAAAUUGUAAACGCGGCGAAGUGUGUCGUAUUCCUGGUUGUUCCGUUCAAUCAACUCCACCAGGAACACCUAUUCCUAUUAGAUUACCACAAGCACCAGUUGAAACGUUUAAACAAUUUCUUUUAUAUGUUUAUACAGGAAAGAUUUUGUUACAAGACAGUAGUGUUUUCGAAAUGUUAGCUUUAGCCCAAGAACUUGGUGUUGACGAAUUAAGAAAUGCUUGUGAAGACCAUGUUACUUCAACCCUUUCAGUUGCUUCAGCAUGUACAUUUUUAGCCACAGCUAUGGAUAUUCAUGAUCGUACACCAGGUGGGAAAGCAGCGGCGGCUUUUGUGGAACGAUGUACUAGUUUUAUUGGAGAAAAUGCAGCAGAAUGUGUAAAAACAAAUUCAUUUUUAUCACUUUCAAAAGAUGCAGUUAUUAAAUUAAUUUCAUCUGAUUAUUUAUAUCUUGAAGAAGAAGAUGUAUGGAGAGCAGUUUUAAAUUGGGCUAAAUACCAAGCAGGUGUAACUCAACCAACAGCUCAUUGGACAGAAGAAGAACGAGCAAGAGUUUGUCAACACUUAGCUACUGUAAUUGGUCAUGUAAGACUUUUAUUAAUAGACAGUCAAGUAUUUGCUGAAGAAGUUGAACCAACCGGCGCGGUUCCAAUGGAAUUAAGUUUAGAAAGAUAUCGACAUGCAGCUCUUCCAAGCAAAUACUUGGAAUCAAAUGAAGAUCAAAGAUUGCGACCAAGAAUUUCACCACAUUUAUUUCCAAAUUCACACAUAAUAGGUCAUGAUAAGAGCCAUUUUCAAAGAAUCUUAAAUGCUUGGUAUGGGAAUUCAAAGCAAUCUUGGAGAUUACUUUAUAGAGCCAGUAGUCAUGGAUUUUCCGCGACAGCUUUUCAUCGACAUUGUGAUGGAAUUGCACCUUUAUAUGUUAUUGUUUUGGGUACAAGAGGCGAAAUUUGCGGUGGUUUUAGUGACGUUGCUUUCAAAAGACCACAAGGAAAAACUCAUUAUUUGGCUUCAGAUAAAGCAUUUCUUUUUACAAUUUAUAAUCAUCAGAAUGUGCCACCCACACAAUUUCAUAUAGUUAAGAAAACGUUUGCAAUUUGUUAUAAUCCAGAAUCUGGUCCAGUUUUUGGUGCAGGAGCAGAUUUAUUUAUCUCAAGUAAUUGUAACACAAAUAUUGAAAGUUACUCAAAUUUACCACACACUUAUGAUGGGGAUGCAGCUUCACCAGCAGUUUUAAUGGGUGAAUAUCAUUUUGCAGUGGCAGAUUAUGAAGUGUUUACAAUUACUAGUACAACAGGAAUUAAACAUUUGAAAAAUGAAAGAUAUCAAUAAGAUUAGGCAG